AUGACUGCGUCCCAACUCUUCUCCCCUGUCAAGGUCGGGCGUAUGCAUCUUUCCCACCGCAUCGCGAUGGCACCUAUGACCCGCUUCCGUGCUGACGAUUCUCACGUUCCUCUUCCAAUCGUCAAGGACUACUAUGAGCAACGAUCUGCCGUUCCUGGCACUUUGAUUAUCACCGAAGCUACCUUCGUUAGUCCGCAAGCUGGAGGCUUCCCCAACGUUCCGGGAAUCUACAACGAUGUGCAGAUUGACGCGUGGCGACAGGUGGUGGACGCGGUACAUGCCAACGGCUCUUAUGUCUACCUUCAGCUAUGGUCAUUGGGACGUGCUGCUGACGCUGAGGUCCUUAAGGCUCAAGGUUAUGACUUGGUUUCUAGCAGCGCAUCCCCACUGAACAGCAACUCCCCUACACCUAGGGAGUUAACUGAGGCUGAGAUCCAGCAAUAUAUUAGCGACUACGCUCAAGCCGCUAAGAAUGCUGUCGCAGCGGGCUUUGACGGUGUAGAGAUUCAUGGAACGAAUGGUUUCCUAGUCGAUCAAUUUAUACAAGAUACCUGUAACAAGCGCGAGGACGCAUGGGGAGGAGGUAUUGAGAACCGUGCAAGAUUUGCGCUUGAGGUGACGCGCGCUGUUGUUGACGUUAUCGGAGCUGACAGAACUGCUCUGCGUUUGGGUCCCUGGAGCACAUUCCUGGGCAUGCGCAUGGGCGAUCCGAUCCCUCAGUUCGCCUAUCUGGUCAAGAAACUGGCUGAGCUAAAACUUGCGUACGUGCAUCUAGUCGAAUCUCGGGUUUCUGGUGAUGCGGACGCCCAAUCGGCGGAAGAGUUGCUUUUCCUGUUUCACGAAUAUGGCGAUGCCAGCCCUAUUGUGGUGGCUGGGGGCUACACGGCAAAUUCAGCCAAACAAGCUGUUGACCAGAAGUAUAAGAACCACGAAGUUAUCCUUGCGUUUGGCAGGCCAUUCACCUCAAACCCUGAUUUACCCUUCAGGAUUAUGGCUGGUAUUGACCUGCGCCCUUAUGAUAGAGAUGGCUUUUACUCGCGCCAGGAACGCCGUGGUUAUAUUGACUACGACUUCAGCGAAGAGUUCAAGGCGGCUUAUGAUUCCUGA